CACCACCAUACUUUGAGGAGCCAGCUCCGGAGCAUCUUCCCCCCAUCACCCAACUCCUCACCACAUCUCGACUGCGAUUGGAACUGGGCCGUAGCCUGUUUCUAUUUAUCCAGUCUCUUCUUCUUACCCGCACAUUGCUGCUGGCCCAUGUCGACAAGCCCCCCUUGACUUCGAGAACAUUCGGUCAGGGUGCUGCCACUCUUGACAAGGACUGCCACAUCCACCAGCGUCAGAAGUUGAGACGCAGUGCAUCUCGAAAUGUCGAAGCUUUUCAUAGGCGGCCUAGCAUGGCACACCGAAGAGGCCACUCUGCGCCAAAAGUUUGAGGAGUUUGGUGUGGUUGAGGAAGCGGUGGUUGUCAAGGAUCGAGAUACCGGCCGCAGCCGUGGCUUCGGUUUUGUGCGAUACGUACAAGAAGCUGAUGCCCAAGCUGCCAUCGCCGCUAUGAACAAUGUCGAGUUUGACGGGCGAACUAUUCGUGUUGAUAAGGCAUCCGAUAAUGGUCCCCGAGGCGGAGGAGGCUUCGGCAAUCGCAACGGCGGAAUGUCCUAUGGAGGCCGAGGCGGCUACGGAGCACCGCCGGGAUCCUAUGGAGGCGCCCCCCCUGGCUACGGCGCUGCCCCGAACAUGUAUCCGCCGGCUCCGUAUGGCCGUGGUUACCCACAACCGCAGCCUCAGUAUGGCAUGCCGCCGCAAGGUUACGGCGUCCCAGCACAAUACGGCGGCUAUCCAAAUAUGCCCCAGCAGCCACCACAGCCUCCCCCCCAAGGUGGAGGCUAUUAACCAAAUCCAAUAAAGCCGCCGCAGAUUCUUAUCCAGAGUCCUUCCCUAGAGUGAGAGGCUUAGAGCCCUUCCAGAGCCGUGUUAUCGAAAAAUAAAGACCCAGGCGUGUUCUUUUGGUUUUGCGAACGGCACCCCCUAGAACUCUCGAGACGGAGCGUCCUUAGGUGCCAAAGAUAUACCCCGGAUUUGUUUUUCUUUCGAUAAAUGGAUUGAGCUGUCCAGGCUAUUAAUGCGACCUGCUUGGGGAGAAGCUCUUGGAGAGGGAGGAUUUCUUUUGUUUUUUUCACUGCCGAUUUUUACUUGCCCCGUCUUGUGCGUUUGGAAUCAAAACAGGGGGUUCCUGCACCAUUGCUUUGUGGGAGGGACUGGCCGGAUCACGGACAAGUCAAAGGAGGGAUUUCGGAUAGAGACAUCUGUAGGGGAUAUUGGAGCCAUAUUUGGCCACCUUUCUAGAAAAGGUCAACUAUAAUAUUGGCGACGUUAAUGACGGGCUAUGAUCAAUAUCUAGGUCGGCCGGCAUGAGAGAUGAGGCGGCAUUGUCUAUCAUUAGGGGAUCUGAGAGGAAAAAAAGCAUUUGCUUUCC